UCGCUGUUCCUCACGCUUCUCCAGCAGUUGCUGUCCCUGGGUUUAGAGCCAUCUUGCCAGGAUGGACUUCCCCAGCCCCCUCCGCCCAGCCUUCUUCAUGACUGGCCCCCUUGGCAUGACUGAUAUUCCCGACUUGUCAUUCAUGUGCAGCUGGAGAGAUGCCCUGACCCUCCCAGAGUCCCCUCUCCCCUGCUCCAAGGGUGGGGCGCUCCCCCCGGCCCAGGACCUGCUGUGGGAGCCGGCGCUGCCAGGACCCGUCCCCCUGCUGCCUCCCGGCCCCGACCCCUGGGACCCUGGCCUGACAGCCCGUGACCUCCUUUUCCGAGGCGCGAACCCCUAUCGGAGGCAGCCCCGGGCUGUGCUGGACAUUACUGAGCAGCUCAGCCACUUCCUGUGGGAUCAUGGGGACGUGGCCUUCACCCCGCUGGGGAAGCUGAUGCUGGAGAACUUCAAGCUGGAGGGAAACCGGAGCCGCUCUAAGAAAGUGACGGUUGUCAGCGUGAAGAACCUGGUCCGGGACCUCAGCGGACACCAACCCUGGGGGUGUCCCUGGGCGUACCUCACCCACCGGCAGCGCCGCUUCUCCAUCCUCGGGGGUCCCGUCCUCAGCAGGACGGUCUCGAGCCUGCUGGGGCGUCUGCUGCGGGAGGAGCUGGCCCUGAAGUGGGAGCAGCUAAUGCUGGACGAGGCCUUCACCGGGGGCGCCCUGGCCUGGCUGCCUGGCAGGACUGUGGGCACUGGGCAGCUGGUCUACCCCACCGGGGGCGCCCUGGACAGGCUGUAUCUCCACGAGGUCAGUUUGGCUUCCGCCGGUGACCCCCAGGUCCUAGGGGACCCUGGAUGCAUCCAGCUCCGGGGACCUGUUCGGCAGGUUGUCACCUCCACCGUCCAGGGAGAAACACUGCUGGCUGUCCGCUCCGACUACCACUGUGCCGUGUGGAAGGUGGGCAGGCAGGGGCGGCCCGCCCCUUUGCAGGUGGUCCAGGUGGAGAAGGGUGCCACCGGGGUCAGUCUCAGCCCCCACCUGCCGGGGGAGCUGGCCGUGUGCAGCCGCUCCGGAGCCGUGUGCCUCUGGACGCCCCAGGACGGGCUACAGCAGAUCUACAAGGACUCGGACACGCUCGUGUUCCGGGACCUCUCGCCCUGGCGCUGGGCAGACUUCACAGCCCACCCUCGGGUGCUCACCGUGGGUGACCGCACCGGUGUGAAGAUGAUCGACACACAGGCACCCCCGGGCUGCGGGCUGAUGCUUUUCCGAGGGGGGGCAGAGGCUUCCUGCCAGAAAGGGGAACGUGUGCUGCUCGUCCAGUACCUGGGCCAGACGGACGGCGGGUCUCUCCCGCCCACGCUGCAUCUCGUCUGCACCCAGUUCUCCCUCUACCUGGUGGACGAGCGCCUCCCCCUGGUGCCGAUGAUGAAAUGGGACCACGGCCUGGCCUCCCCGCCCCUGCUGGCCCGCCUGCUGCCUCCUCCUGGCCCCAGCUGCCCGCAGCCCCUGCUUCUGGGGGGCCAGGGGGGGCAGCUGCAGCUGUUGCACAUCACAGGAGACGGGACCUCCCCGCCCCGGCUGGCCGCACACCCGCAGUCCCUGCCCUCCUGCACCGACUCCCUGUCUGCCUUUCCCCUGCUGGAGCCCAAGAGCCAUCAGCAGCUGCAAGAGCGCCUGGAAGCUCCAACUAUAGGCCUGUCUGCCACCAUCCCACCACCCUGUGGCUCCACGCCCAUCCUGUCAGUCUUCCAGCUCUCGGCCGCCGGGGACAUCUUCUACCAACACCUCCGCCUGCAGACGGCCUGCAGCCUCCGCGAUGAGGGGCCUCCAGGCAGCCCGGGGCCCCACCGCCUUCCUGCGGGCGCGGCCUCUCACCCUCAGGACCAUGCGCCCACACCGUCCUGGGACGCCCAGGCCACUGCCCACUGCAGCCGGUGGAUGGAGGCCCUGCUGCAGGUACCCCGUGUACCCCGUACGUGGACUGCACCCACCUUUUCCCACCGCCACCUACUGGGGCGCCUGGAGCUGCAGCAGAGCGCAGGGAAGACCACGGAGCGCCUGCGGGCAGCCAUGGCCGAGGGGCGGCUGCUGCGGCGCGGGGACCUGGGCCCCCUCCCUGCUGCAGAACCGCCCCCCGCCCCCCAGCCAGGCCCUCAGGACCAGCUCACCGAGCGUCUGGGGGAGGCCUGGGAAGGCCGGGGUGCUGCCUGGUGGGGGAGACAGCAGGACAAGGUUUCGGGGCCCAAGAAACAGGCCAAGCGGGCCAAGCGCCGGACUCAGCUGUCCAGCACCUUCUCACAGAGCAGCUGCAUAGACCACCCGGACAGCCCCGGCGGCCCCACCCCGAGCCCCUCGGAGGCCGCGCCACGGCCCCCAGUGACGCCACCCUCCCAGGCAUCCUUGUCGGGACCCUGGUUACCCCGCGCCCCGUUGGAGCGGCGGCAGCGCCUCCGGGACCAGGUGGCCAGGCUGCCGCCCGAGGACACCCCCAAACAAGCCACGGUGCCCCUCUCGCAGCAGACGCCUGGCCUUACCAGCUCCCAGCCUCCCCGGAAGAAGCCGCGCAUGGGAUUCUGAGGGCCAGGGAGGCUGCCUCCCGGGGAGCCCGCAGGCAGCAGUGGGCUGGGGGCACUGGUGUCUGGUGGGAAUGGGGGGGACCAUCUGCUCAGUUCACCCCAGCUUCUCAGGGCCCACUGUGGACACCCCUGCAGUGUUCCACACUGCCUGUGCCCUCUCUGCGCUUUGGGUCACGUGGUCCCAGCCUAGCAGGAAAGGCACGUGAUCUGUGCACACCAGCCCUGUGACACUGCUA